AUGGCACAACAUUCCACUCAUAGCAGCUCUGGCUCUGGGCAUAAGCAUUUCAGUUCUUCCUCAGCUUGCUUACCUGCUUUGAACAAACACAGCAUUAGCUCCUUUGGUACAAGCAAAGUAUCUAUCGGUCAUAAGUCAUUUCCAAGUUUUGGUAGUAAAAGUGUGUAUGGUGUUGGAUCCGGAAGUGGACACAAAAUGUCAGUUGGAAGUUACUACUCAGUGAGAAGUGGUCAUGGAUAUGAUUCUAGUAAUGGACAUGGUUUUGGUGGAUCUAGCUAUGGAUUCGGGGGAUCAUGCAGCUCUGGAGGGAUCACCCCUGUCACUGUGAACCAAAGCCUGCUUUCUCCUCUCAACUUGGAAAUUGACCCAAAUAUCCAACGAGUGAGGACGGAUGAAAAAGACCAAAUUAAAGGUCUCAAUAACAAGUUUGCCUCCUUUAUUGACAAGGUAAGUUUCAAGGCUUUGUAUCAUAAAUGUGAUUUGUAUGAAUGUUUUUGGCUACCAAUCUGUAGAACUGAUGAGUCUAAAUAUGUUAAAUAAAAACAAUCAGAAUUGUGUUCUAUGUCGAUGUACAUAAAGCACCCUGCAAGAAAAUUACUAGUGGCUCCAGUUGAGACACUGAUAUUCAAUUUUAGUGUGCUUUUAAAAAAGUUAGGAUUUUUAUUGAUAUCUACAAUCUUUAAAUUAUGUUUUGCUUUAUAUCAUUUUUACUAAAAUAACUUAGCUAUUCUUAACCAUUGUAAAGUAUUUGUUAUAUCAUGGAAUAACUGAAAGUUGUACAAUCGUUUAUAGAUACUCACUGCUGUAGCUGAAACUAUGAUUUAAAUAACUAGAUCAAUCAAUCUAUAUUUAUCUAUCUAUCUAUCUAUCUAUCUAUCUUGUAUCUAUGUUAGCUUUGUUUAGGCAUUGCUAAUUAUCAUAGAUUCUCACUUACAAAUUUUCAAAUGUUUUAGGUACGGUUUUUGGAACAGCAGAAUAAGAUGCUUGAGACAAAGUGGGCUCUUCUCCAAGACCAAAAAAUAUCCCGGUGUCAAAUUGAACCACUAUUUGAAGCUUUUAUCAGUAAUCUCCGUAGACAGCUUGAGAAUCUGGGAUGCGAGAGAGCUCGGCUCGAGUCAGAAAGAAGGACUACGGAGGAUACCGUGGAGGAAUUCAAGGGAAAGUAAGGGGACCUAGAUAAGCAGAGACAUAAUGCAGGCAGUGUUGUUAUUAAUUACAAAUUGAUCUAAUUUAGCUUAUUAAAAAAAUCUAAGAUGGAAUUUUGCUUUAGAGAGAAAUGCCAUACAAAUAAUCUUUGUUGUGCUAUGGAGUGGAAAUCUUUACUUUACUUCAGUAUAUGUGAUAUUUUUUUUUAAAACAAAAAGUUUAUUUUUAAAUGCUAAUUCUGUGCUGACUUAAUAGAAUGCUAAUUCUGCUUACAUUGAUUUGGAUUCCAUUCCAAUAGAUAUGAAGAGGAAUUGAACAGACGCACUUCUGCAGAGAAUGAAUUUGUUACCCUUAAGAGAGUAAGUGAUAUAACCAUGAUAAGGUUAAUUAUCUAAUUUUCUAAUUAAUAAAACAGUGAUAAAUCUGUGUACAUGACUAUAUCUAAAUCUGUUAGUCAUUAGCCUUUUAUCCAAAUAAUCAUUCCAAACUACAACUCAAACAAAAUGCAAAGUUCUAUUUACAUAAGUAUUAGUUUCCUUACGAUAGACUUUUUCAGUUUAACCCCUUAAGCACCAAACUUCUGGAAUAAAAGGGAAUCAUGACAUGUCACACAUGUCAUGUGUCCUUAAGGGGUUAAUCUUGACAAAACUGCUUUUAUCUCUAAUAUAGGAAUCCUAUUUUUGGCUGACUCACGUUGCCAAAAAAUAUUAUUUUAAGGUUGUCAGUUACACCAAGUAGGGUCUCUCCACAAUGUUAAAAUAUAUUUAUACAUCUCUAUCAUUCAGUUUUAUAUAUAUCGCCUUUCCUGAAAUCUUCCUCAAUGCAAAGAUAAUAACAGAAGGUAUCCAUUUAUCUCUCAUACAGGAUGUAGACACUGCUUUUAUAAGCAAGGCAGAACUUCAAGCCAAGGUGGAUUCCCUUACAGAUGAGAUCAACUUCCUUAGAGCUUUAUUCGAUGCUGUACGUAAUUGUGUACUUGAAAAAUCUGAAAUGACAUAAUUUUCUUGAAUGUAAUCGUUUCAGUUAAUAGGAUGCUAAGCCCAUAAAAAAGUGAAAAGUUAAAUUUAGUUGAAAGAGAGAGAGAAAAAAAAUCUACCAUAACAAAAAGCUUUAGUAAGUUAGUUUUGCCACAAUUAGAUGUUUCAUCCUUUUUAAUCCAUAUCAUGCAUCCAUGCCCAAAGUAUGUUUGUGUCUAUAUAAGUGGUUUGGCAGCUGCUUAUGAGAAGGAUAGCGGUGCAAUGCAGUUACUUAGAGUUUUUACAACUGCUGUAAACUGAACCUUUCAGACUUUGAUGACAUAAAAUGUAGUAAGUUUAUAACAGGUUUUUUUUUGUUUUUUUUUAUAUAAAAAGUAUGUACAAGCUUUGAAAGAACAUUGAAUACAUAGUGUACUUACAAACUAUAGAUACAUGUAAGUCAAAAUAUGAGCAAAGUAAUCUUUACACUGUAUUAACAGAACUAUUGUAUUUUAUCUCUUUAGGAAAUAGCCCAGCUCCAGGCUCAGAUCUCAGACACCUCAGUGGUUGUGUCAAUGGAUAACAGUCGGGAUCUGGACCUGGAUGGAAUCAUUGCUGAGGUCAAAUCUCAAUAUGAGGACAUUGCUAACAGGAGCAGAGCUGAAGCUGAAUCACUGUACCAAUCAAGAGUGAGUCUGUAUUGUUAUAUAUUAAUAUCUCCAAAUUCAUUUUUACGAAUUUGAACUCCUUUGUCAUUUUGUUUUCCUUAUCUCUGUGCACUCUCACCAGAAGGUUCUAUUCAGAAAUCCUCAAGUUUAAUUUGCCUCCAUAUAUGUAAAUGUUAUUUUGAAUCAGUAUUCCAAAGUCUAUUCUCCUUAUUUUCAGUACCACCUGUAUUUGCUCUAUUCCAACAUAGCAAUAUCAUUUUAUAAUUUUUCACUCUAUAUUCUGCAUAUUUUUUCUGUACUACUACCAAAGUCUCAAUUUUUGUUGUCACUCGCAGCAAUUUUUGUUUCCCACCACUCCCUCUACAAAUAACAAAAUCUCAUUUCCUUUCCUACUUGCCCUCAAUUACUGGUAGUGAAAGUAUCGUCAUCCAUGACAAAACUCAAGUGUUAAUUUCAAAAUCAUGUAGCCUACAACUGUGAAAUAAGACUUUGUAAAGGUCCAGAGAUGGAACAUACAUCUGUAAUUCAUUUGCUUGUAGGCAAAUCCCAUUAUUCUAAGACAGUACCAGAAAACCCUUUGUCAUGAGAUUUACAUCUGACAUUGAUCUGAGUUUGGUCUUAAAAACAUAUUUACAGUGUGAUUUACUUAUAUUUUAAUUGUGUAUUUUUAGUAUGAGGAACUGCGCAUGACAGCAGGUAAACAUGGUGAUGAUCUGCGUAACACUAAACAUGAGAUUGCUGAGCUUACUCGCAUGAUCCAAAGACUCAAGGGAGAAAUUGAGAAUGUGAAAGAACAGGUAACUGUUUUGACAGUUUUUUUUCUUACUGCUGAAAAGGUUGGACAUUGGAUUAAUUGCGAAGAUACAGCAUAACUUUGUUAAUUAAGCAUGAUAUGUCUCAAUGCUUUUUGCCAGAGAGCGAAGUUGGAAUCAGCUAUAAAUGAGGCUGAAGAACGUGGGGAAUCUGCUGUCAGAGAUGCCAAAAACAAAUUAUCUGAGUUGGAAGGUGCUCUGCAGAAGGCCAAGCAGGACAUGGCUCGCCAACUGCGAGAAUACCAGGAGCUGAUGAAUGUGAAACUGGCUCUGGAUAUUGAGAUUGCCACCUACAGGAAGAUGCUGGAAGGAGAGGAAUGCAGGUAAAUGUAACUAAAUUGGAUUUUACUAUAGAAAUAAUAUCAAACUCCAAAGUACCAACAAAUAAAAUAACAUAUCUAACUUAGUAAACUUAGAACAGUGUGAGAGCUCCAAUUUUGAUCAAACUAUAGAACACGGUCUGAUGAGAUAAUUCCAAAAACCCCUUCUAGGUUUUUAGGCAACCAAAUAGAUAACUAUUUCAGUGCUAGGAAUUGAAUUCACUCUGUAAACUACAGGGAUUACAAGGACACUGAAGCUGUGCUUCAAGGGAAACUAUAGUACCAGGAAAACAGAGAUGUUUUCUGGUACUAUAGCUCCCAAUAGUGCCCCGCCCCCCCCUCUGCCAAGCCCCCUCCCUGCCUGCUGGUUCAGCCUCUGCCAUCAGCCGGGGGGGAGACUUAAUGAAAAUAUAUAUGGCGAUGGCCGCUCUCGCUUUAGUACUUCCUCCAUAGGAAAGCAUUACAUAAUGCUUUCCUAUGGGGCUUUGGGGGACGCUGGAUGUCCCCAAAGUCACCUAAUGACCCGGAUGUCCCUCUGUUGGCUGUCUGGUAGACUGAAACUAGAGGUGGAGUUGACCCUUAAAGGUAAUUAUUGCAGUUUAUUAAAAACUGCAAUGAUUACCUAUGCAGGAUUAAGGGACAUGGGACACUCCACCCAGAUCACUUCAAUGAGCUGAAGUAGUCUGGGUACCUAGUGUCCCUUUAAAGUGGUAUUUUAGCAAUGUGUUAUUUUAUUGUAAUUUAAAGGAUGGCACUCAAUAUAUGAAGACUCAACAUAGUCCAGAGAUGCAAACUCCUGUAAAUUUGAUUAUAAAAAAGAGACUAGAACACACAAUUAUGACAAAGACUGACAAGAGAGGCAACAAUUAGAGGAGAAGCUUGGAUAUUUCACAAAAAUGUUAUGCCAUAGUCAGUUGAGUCAGCCAUGCAGGUGUCUAACAAAGCCCUGCCACGAAAGUUUGAGAGUGGAGCCCAGCAGACCACUAAUGUGGAGGCAUAAGGUCACCCCACAGCACCAGGACAAACCAUAAAUGGUCAGCAGGGUCCAUCUUCAAUGUCUUAAGAGGCAGAGCUUCACUGCAUUGCAUAGCUUCAAGGCAACGGUCAUCUGUGGCCCCAAGAUUGAUCUCCUACAACUUUGCUCCAUUUGAGCCAGAUCCGGCAAGAGAACCCCACAAGGGCUCUUCCACCUCCCACACAGCUUCACUUCAGGUAAGGCGUAAGACUGGUCACUCAAUCCUGCAGAACUCCAGCGAGCUGUUUGUGGUAGACAAAAGAAGUCUAAGGGCAUAUGCAGGUGGAACAGGACACCAUACUCUGCUGGAAUCGGAGAAGCACCCAGGAUCUGCCAUUUUGUGUGUGUCAAGUUACUGUGAAUAUGCUGCGCCCACAGCUAAGCAAGGGAACCUUCAGUGAGUAGACCGGGAUCAGCCCCACCAAAUGGCACCAAUCAGUGGCACCAAAUGGCAGCUUGGUUUGGGAGCAGAGACCGGCCACUUCUCCUCCUCUCCAGAUUCACCAGACCACAAAGCCAACUCUAGAUUCUCCAGCGGCAGGGACACCUAAGAGGCAUCAAAACCCACACAGGUGCAUCCCUGCUUGGUCUGUUAGCCCCUUAGCGGCAGCUAGACACAGCGACGGGGGUACAUUUAUUGAAAAAAGUCAAUUAGAGUUAGUGAGGUGCCGGAGCUCACCUGGGAUGCAUCCGUCCAGCAUGACAGUCAGGCUCUGCCCCCCCGUUUGUCAUUUUAAAUGCAGGGUGGGAGAUGUGAAAUACUAUAUGCAAUUAUAUAAGCUAUGUAAGACUGAGUUUUAACUUGCAAUGUAUUUUAUCAUAGGUUGGCUGGAGAUGGAAAUGGUUCGGUCAGCAUUUGUAAGUACUAAAUGCAAAUUUUGUUAUUAAUUAGUUUAAAUAAUAAAAGCAUUGGCAUAACAUUGAAAUGGAAUUAAGUGUAAUCUGUCUGAUCAAGUCUUUUGAAGAGAGAGACAACUAUGUUGGAACUUUACUUUUUUACUUUUAAUUAUCAACUUCAUUUUGCCAUGGGCAAUAUUACCUAUGCUAUAUUAGUAACAAAUAUCUAUACAGUUUUUAGCAUAUAAAGAUAACACAAUGUUCAUAAAACUAUUCCAUUGUUUUUGGAUUCCAUCAAUACAUUCCUAGCAAUCAUUUUAAUUUGUAGAGAGUACAUAACUUAAUUCAUUUUUGCAGUGCGGAGGAAUCAUGGGGCUACGAGGGAGAGGGGGAGGAAAAAUACAAGCAUGAAAGUGUCACCCCAAAAGAUGAACUCUAGACAUAUAAGUUUGUCGCCUGCCUCACAAAAUCUACAUGCUACAAAUUAAUUUUAUUGUUUACCACAAUAUUAUUUCAUAACCACCCAAUUAAACCUAUUUACCUAUUAAACUCUAAAGGAUAUAAGUUCUAUUGCCAUAACGGUCAAGGUCAAGUCAGAGAAACACAAGUUGGAAAAUGCCACCAAAAGGUGAACUCUAAAAAUAUAUGUUUGUUGCCUUUCUUCCAAAAUCUUCAUGCAAAAAUAAAUUUUAUGGUUUCAUCACACUAUUAAUAUUCUUUCUGGACCACUCCAACCUAUUAAAAUCUCAAAGAUAUAUAUUAUAUUCCCUUCAAGGUCAAGCUCAAGUUAACAAAGCAAAAUAAAUAUCUUGAGAGAUGAAUAAAAAAAACAAGAAUUUUCUUUAGUCAGAGAGGAUAGGAGAAAUGCUUUGAAUCCACAAGGUGCUCUCCAGCUAGUAGUAGUUAGUAUUUAUUCUAAUUGUGUAGACCAUUCAAAUUGUUGAUGAUCAAUAUGUGAUUUAUCUUUUUCUCAGCUGUGUUGCAUUCCAGCACUGGAGGAUCACAUGGUGGAAGUGGACAUGGGCACCACCAGAAGAAUGGAUUUAGCUCUGGGAGCAUCUCAAUGGGAAAAUACAGCUCAGGGCAUGGACACUGCUCCUAAUCAUUUAGGGCACUGUUUGUGUUUUUAUUUUUUCUCAACAAGCAACAGCUAACUUUUUGAUUCUUUUUCAUCUUUUGUGUGCAUAACAGGUGUGCAAGGAAAUCUACUGCUUCUGUAACGUGCAUACAAAAUGAAAAUCAUGCAAUUAAUAGAACAUUCUUUUCUAACUCUCAAUUGAUCAAUAGCUUUCUCUAUAUCUACUUAGAUGACAUUUAGGAAAAAUUAAUUUGAAGACAUUUUAAUGAUUUUUUUCAGAGGUAACUACAGAAAAUAUUUCAAAGUUUUUUGUUUUGUUUUUUGUAUUUGUUUUUGUAUCCCCACAAUGCAUAUCCCUUAAAGUACUGUUAAAUAAAUAAAAAAAAACUGUAAUUGCAAUACUCGUUUAUAAACAGUUCAUGCACGUCUCAUUGAAUAAAAAUAGCUAAGUGUUAUAUGAAUUUAAAUUAAUGAAAUUGGCAUGUUAUUGUCCAUAAUUUAGUGGGCCUGAUUUGCCUAAAUCCAUAAAAAUGAACAAACUAUCUUGACUAACUUUUCUGAUUUUGCAUCUCAUCAAUAAACUUCCAGUUUCAUGUGAAAAAGUGGUUUUGUUAUCUUUGUUUUUUUUUUCUUGACAUUUAUUAAACACAUUCUUUCUAUUUUUGGUUAAAAUGAAAACUAGAAAAAAUUGACAUUGUGAAGUUAGUUAAAUUUGUUUUGAAAAUUAGAAUAUAAAAAUACUAGUAAAACAGUAAAAAAACAAGUAGGGAAGAAACAGAGCAGGGUUAACAAUAACGUAAAUUUUGGUGGCUGCCUAAGAGUCAAGGGUUAGACAGGGUCCCUGGCGUCAUGCAUUUACCUGGCCCCAUUUACCAUCCAUAUGUGAAAAAUGAUGGGGGGUGGAGGGAGGGGUGUCCAAAAAGGUAACCAACAUAGGGCCCCAUGUAACAAGUAUGACAGAGAGAGUGAACGACCAACAUAGUGAAAAAGAGGGAUAGAGAAAAGCAGCUGGAAAAGAAAAAGUGAGAGAGAGAAAGGGGAAGGGACAUAAAAACAAGUGAAGUAAGAAAAACUACAUGGGCCUCAAGCCAUCCAACCUGUCCCCGGUUUGACAUUUGCUUUAAGAUAUAAGGAAAGAAAAAUUAAAACUAUACAGGAAAAAAUAAAAAGACAAUGGAAAUGAGGAGUAAAAUAAACAUACAGAGGAACUAAGGACAAAUAGAUCGAAGAUGAAAAAAGGAGAAUAAAAGUAACUCCUGAGAAAAGUGUGGAAAAGUGGGUACAAAAUGGCAUUGAUAAAAUGGGUUAAAGGAAAGCAAAAACAAGGGAUAAAUGCACAUGGAAUAGAGUACGAAAAUACAAAUUAAAGUAAAAAUGCUUAUUAAAAAGAUACAUAAAAUGACGCAGAAGAAACAGAAAAAGAUGCAAUAGAGAUCAAUGGAAUCACAAAUGGAGUUGAGAGUCCUGAAUAUGACACCUGGGUAACAUUUGAAAACAGCAAAAUUUACAUUUAUACUAAAAAAUAAGAUAAAUGUGAGUUUUAUCCCAACAUUGUAAUGGGCAUCAAAAUGUGUGAAUCCCGAGCUUAUUACAAGUCUUCAUAUAUAGAUCUACUCAAAAAGUCAUAUAAAUUAUACAUUUAGUUUAAAAUAAAGCCACAAAAAGUGGUGUUCUCCAUGUACCUUUCCACUUUUAGUAUGCAUUGCUUUUUUGAAAAUAUCACCCAUAUUUAUAUUUUAAUUAUUAUUAUUAUUAUUAAAUCUCCUUUUAGCAGACAGUGUAUAUAUAUUUUUUUAAAUUCUUUAUUUUUGUAGAGCAUAAGCUUUUAACAGUCGUUUGUGAGGUACCCCAAAGGCAAUCCUCCAACGCAUUUUGAACGGUUGAACAUAAAGAUACAUGAGUAAUCUAGCACAAAUUUUAUGUUUAAGGAUAGUUUGAGUAUUAACAUGGAUAUGCUGCGUGGAAUAUCGAUAAGUCACAGGAAAAGUUGCCCAAGUAUUAAAUUUUACAGUACAGUAAGUGCUCAAAAUAGAAAUGUUAGGGUACCUGCUAGGGCAUGGCAUGGUUACAACUGUUUAGGUAACUAGUAUUAGGUUAAAUGCCAGGCAAUACACUUUGGAAACUGCUUAAGCAGUAACUGCUCGGUUACAUGGUAGGCAUAUCACGGUUGGCACUAUUUAAGUAGUGAGUGUUUGGUUACAUACUAGGCAUACAGGAGUUGCUGUAAAGACCACUGGGGACGAGCCAGGCACUUCGUAGACACCUAGAGACUUCAACUAAGAGGCAGUUAAAUCAGGCUAAGGUAAUUGGGCAACAGGCCUAAUGCAAAGCAUAGAAAUUUGAAAGCAAAUAAAAAUUGGCAUAUUAAGUGAUGUGUGAAGAUUGGCAGCCCGGUCAUGUGCUGCAGGGUUGUGUGCUUGGCGUCUGGUGAACAGUUUGUUUCCCCUCUAAGGUUAUCUCCCGAUUUCUUGUUUGUGCGCCGCCAGGGGACGCAGCCAAGACCAUCAGAGGUUUCUGUAGCUGAACCGGAGCGUAAAUUCCCAGGACAAUUAGAGCGUCCCCACAGACAGCAUUGGAUGCCUCAGCAGUGCUGCCUGCUGCGCGAGGUCUUGGCAAGCUGCCAUCUUAGGUGAGUGCAGCGUACCCUGGGAGGUCUGUGUGGCGGGCAGAGGGUCCGAUGAUUCUCUUGUAUCCUUCCUCUCUCCAGUCAGGCAUUUAGGCUAGCAGUGUGGCUCUAGUUUGCUGGAGUGGUUAGUUAGGUGCUCUGACCCUCCGCCAUCUUAGGUGUGGGCCUUGGGCAUUUGACGCCCCCCAGUCGGCUCCUCAGCCAGCUCGAGUCCGUCCCAGUCCCAAUGGGUGCCGGGAUGACCCCCCCCCCGGACCAGAGGGGGGGAAACGGGACCACAAGUCCCCAGCUCUCUAGUGUGUGGCAGUGUGGUGGGGAGUCAGGGCAGCGGCCGUCCACCCCGCUCCCCCCAAGGUAGGCCGCAGCCUCCAAAGUUCCCUUCUGGAACUAACAGUAACAUAAAUGAAGCUGAAUGUACGGAUCCUAGUCAGGGCCCCUUGGUGGGGAGGACUGGGCUGGUAGAGGAACGGUCCCCAGCUAAAACAUAACUUCACACAGGCCCCACAUGGGUUAAUAUAUCAAGCUGGUGUUGAUGGUAGGAGCAAUGAAUAAUGAUUAGAUGUUACUAUAUAGUCUAAAGUGUGAAAACAUCCCCCAGACCUUUGUACCAAUGCUGAGAGUUGGCAAGUGGGCAGGCGACAAUUGCCUCCCAGUAGCCACUAGUACGCAAGGGGGGUACUGGGAGGAAAUUACAUCUUCUUUGCUUAAUUGGAUAUCAGCCCUAAAGGUGAACCUUUUGGACAGGUUCACAUUAAAUAGGAUUGCUACAUCUAAGUGCUCUUGCAAUAUUUUACUGUCCACUUUUAUAGAUGGAAGCUGGGUGUAGUUCACUGGGGUUGCAGAGACGUAGUAACCUUCACGGAAGCCAUGUCUUAUCACCCUGGGCCCCUAUGAAGCUCUCCAUAAUUUGUCAAACCCACUUGUUCCCUUGAGUUUGGUACUGUUAAACUAUCGAACACAGACCACCCCCUGGCUCAUUAACUUCACAGAAAACAUUUAACUCAAGUGCUCUCUCUGAGUGGCCAUCAUUCAUAUAGCUGAAACACGUCUUGUCUCCCGAACACAGGCAGCGGUACUUGGUCGCCGAGUGCAUGGAACUAUACUUCGGAAACUUUGCCUUGUGAACCCGGGAAAAAUUGCACCUCUGUCUACUCCAUCCCCAGACAACUCAGGAGAGCUCUGUUCAGGAAAAAAGACUCUCCAAAAUGGGGAGACCAUUCGCUCCCUACGAGCCAGUGCUACCUCUUUUCAUGGAACUAUUUUGGGCAGCUGCCACAUGUGCUGUCAGUCAAAACUUUACCCCAUUUGCGAUUCGGCUAUACUACAUGGAUUUGAGUGCUAUUUGGACAACUUGGGCGCUCAGAUCUGGACUAUCUGGGGAUACCAUGAUUGUGAGGGUCUCUAUAUGUUUUAUAUGUGUUUUGGGGUGUUUUAUUGUAAAAUCUUGUACCUCUAGUGCCUGGGAGAUAAUUAGUUUAAGCAAAAGUACACACACUUUUCUCCCAGACACAGAGACGCCUGGGCAGGGCUACUAUUGUAUUGUAUGGAGAACCCAUGCUGGUUGUCUGUGUAUAUAAGCAGGCAACUUGGUCUUAAUAAAACAGUUCAUCUUCUACCCAAUACGACUGGUUACGUCCAUGAUAAUGGGGGAAACUCUACACAGAUCAAUAGCACUUUCACACUAUCUGGAACUAGGACUAGUGGAGGAUCAAAGAAGCAGCGACAAAAGCCUAGUGACAGUAACUUUCAAGAACUUGGUUUACUCAGAUAGGUUACUGUGUAAAAUACUGGGCUUUAGCUAGUUUUAUUUAUGUUAUGCAGAUAUUGUGUAGUUGCCCAUAGGCAGUAUAGGUAUACUAAUAUUUUUUUUCUGAGGAUUCACAGUCAUUACGGGUUCUAGGCAAGGCUUUAGGUCUAUAGUUGUAUAUAUUUAUACACUUUAUACUUUUUAUUACUUUUCAGACAUUGACCGUGCCUAAUUGAAUUAAAGUCUGGACUCUGAGUUAGUAGUGAUAUUCAUUUAGACCUAAUGGUUGGAGGUUAGCCAUUUGGCUUUAGUAAUUCUCUAUCUGUUUCUGACUGUUUAUUUUGGGAACACGUUUAUAUACCUAUACCGUUCUAUUUACUAUAAUUUAUCUGACAUAUUAUUUUCUAUUUAGUUAGACUUCCAGUUGAUACUCUUGUGUUUGGACUUAUAAUCCAGCAGUUUGAGGAUCUUUUUGUAGUUUUAAACACUAGGGGUUAAGCCCCAGGACACCUCUGGAGUGUCGUAUAAGGUGCAGCGUUCUAUGGGUAAGUGGACUAGUCCUUUUUUGAACAGCCACCACUUGUAGACGUAGCUUUCAUUUGGAAUACUAAUAUUUCUUAAUAUUUUUCCAAACCACAUCCCUUAGGUGAAAUAUGUCUAUUUGCAAUGGUAAAUGAGCCCCUCUUACUCUAAACCUGUGUGGUAGAGAAUUGAUAUUACAGAUCUACAUGAAUUUUGCACCUUAUACGCCGAUCCUGGUCAGUUAGGUGACCGUGCAACCAACCUGUAUUCAAUGACUAGUAUACGUGAAAAACUUCAGUGUUAGUAACUUUACUAUAAUCCACAAGGUCUCAGCUUGGACUUUUGUGGGAAUGAUCCCUAGAUUAAUAUGGCUUUUUGAAAGUAGUUGCAACGUAAAUAAGUGCCGAUUGAGGGUAAUAGGAUUUAUCUCAUAACUGUUUGCUGAAUAGUUAUGACUGUUUUAUGUUUUUUAGUCCUUCAGUGUGACACAUAGCUAGCUGUAACCAAAGUAAAGAUUUUGUUUUGUUAUACAGCCUCACCCAUUUUGUUUCUAUAAACUAUGCAUUACUAUAACAUUGCUUCACAGUAAAAUAGUAGCCACUAUUAAAUGCAUGCUAGCUUUGAUAAUGUAGGUGGGUAACUGUUUUAUUUUCUAUGAAACAAGGUGGAAAUGAUUGUGUCAAACAAGGAUCAUAAGAGAUAAUAACAGGGUCCUUUUGUAAACAUGACGCUCAUGUCAAGUAUAAAAAGAAACAUAUAUCAUGAGAUCUACAACAGUCUGGUAAAAAACUGCAUCUGUUAUCCUCAUCUCCACUGCGAGCAGAAGCAUCAUGUCUCACCACUCCAUCCUUGGAACUUCUGGACAUAAGCACUUUAGCUCCUGUUCAGUAGCUUUACCUAAACAUGGGAGCUCACACCACACUUUUUCACACUCCUCAACGGCUGCAUCUCAUGGUCACAAAGCAUUGCACUGCUUUAGCAGCCGAAGUGCCCAAGGUAUGAGUUCCAGGGGACACAAGAUCUCAAUUGGAAGUUUCCAUUCUGGAAAAAGUGGACAUGGAUCUGGACAUGGAUCUGGACAUGGUUUUGGAGGAAUUGGCAACGGAUUUGGGGGAGCUAGCAUCACUUCAGUUACUGUAAACCAAGGUCUGUUGGCUCCUCUUAACUUGGAGAUUGAUCCAAGCAUCCAACGAGUGAGGACUGAGGAGAAGAAUCAAAUUAGGGGAUUGAAUGACAAAUUUGCUUCCUUCAUAGACAAGGUAGGAACAUUUCAAACUCUUAAAGAACACAGAGUAAUAAUAAUGACAAUAAUAAUAAUAGCCAAACUCAAUAUAAGCAAAAUGUGCAAGAAGAAAUGACUGUAGGCAAAAUUAUCUCGUCUUGCACUGAAUUUAAGUUGUGCCAAAGUGACAUGUUGUGUAACAAUGUUGCUUGUAGAUAUGAGUCCAAUAUAAGUCUCAAAGAGAACAGAAGUGCAUAUAUGGUGUAAAUCUGACAGAUAUCUGAUAUAAGUAAAAGUAUCAGUAGAAAAAUGCACAUUCACUUGGUAAAGAGCUGUCCGACCAGCUCGGUAUUAGAGAGUAGGCGCAGUGUUAUCCCCACUUUGGAUAUGCAAUGCGGGAACACACAAAAGACAGAAACAGGCAACCAAUAGUAUAACUCUGUAUUUUUAACAUUUUGUUAGAUGUUUAUAUCUUAUAUUCACAGUUUUUGUGAGCACAAUAAGCUGCUCAUACAUUUUUUUAAGUAUAAGAUAUAUUCACAUAACAAUAUUUAGAUACUAUAUUGCUGUGUCACACCUAUUUGUUUAAACAGUCUAAAUAGGGAAGUAAGAGCUACUGGAACAAUAUGUCAUUAUCCACAGAACAAGACUGAAAUUUAGGAAGAUUUUUUUGGGUGAUUGAAGGAAAAAGGAGGAUUUAAUAUAAUAGUGUAAAAAACAUAAUAGGGUUUUUAGUUUUGAAGGAAAUCACUUUUUAGAAGAAUUUUCAAAAGGCCAAGUGAUUGAGAGUGGAUUUAAGAAAUUGUUGGUUAUUGUUGGUUAUUACAGUGUGUACCAUUUCUGAAAAAAAAAAAGAACCUAAACCCAUAUGUGCAAAGACUUUUUGUAUGCUUUUAAAGGUGUUAGCAUUGUGUUGUAAUAGUAGUGCACAGUUUCAUGUAUGGUUUUCGUGAUCUUUAGCUGGCUUUUUGUAUUCUUCCUACCCCUCAUUAUAUUUUAUUUAAUCUUUCUAUAUGAUUGUAUAUACACUAAUCAGCCACAACAUUAAAACACUGGCAGAUGAGGUGAAUAACAUUGAUUGUAUCAUUACAGUGGCACCUGUCAUGGGGUGGGAUAUACUAGGGAACAUGGGUCAAUCUGAUCUUGAACUUCAUGUGUUGGAAGUAGGAGAAAUGGGCAAGAGAAAAGAUCUGAGUAACUUUAACAUGGGCCAAAUAGUGCAUACAGCAUCUCCAAAAUGGCAAGUCUUGUGCGAUGUUUCCAUAUGCAGUGGUUAGUACCUACUAAAAGUGAUGUAAGGAAGGUCAUGGGUGAACAAGACUCAUCAAUGCUCAUGGGGAGCAAAGACUAGCCCACGUGGUCCAUUUAAACAGAAGAGCUACUGUAGAUCACAUUAUUGAAAAAUUGUAUUCUGUCCAUGAUAGAAGGGUGUCAGAACACACACUGUUUGCCGUGUAUGAGGCUGCAUAGCUGCAGACCAGUCAGAGUGCCCAUGAUAACAAUUGUCCUGAAAUCUCCUUCAAAGUUAGUGACAUAAUGGAACCAUGAAGCAAUGGAAGAAGGUUGCAUGGUCUAAUGCUUCACAUUUUCUUUUAGAUCAGGUGGAUGGCCAGGUGCGUGUGCAUAGUUUACCUGGGGAAAAGAUGAUAGCAGGAUGCACAAUGGGAAGAAGGCAGGCCAGUGAAGGCAGUGUUAUGCUCUGGGCAAUGUUCUGCUGGGAAACCUUGGGUCUUGGCAUUUAUGUGGAUGCUACUUUGACAUGUACCAUCUACCUAGAGAUUGUUGCAGGCCAUGUACACCCCUUCAUGGCAGUGGUGGCCUCUUUCAGUAGGAUAAUGCACCUUGCCACACUGCAAAAAAUGUUCAGGAAUGGUUUGAGGAACAUGACAAAGAGAUCAAGAUUUUGCCUUGGCCUCCAAAUUCUCCAGAUCUCAAUGCGAUUAAAGAUGUGCUGGAACAGCAAAUCUUAUCCAUGGCAACACCACCUUGCAACAUGUAGAUCUGCUGCUAAUGUCUUGAUACCACAGGACAUGUUCAGAUGUUUUGUGGAGUCAUUGCUUUGACACAUCAGAGCUGUUUUGGCAGCACUAGGGGUCCUACACAAUAUCAGGCAGGUUUUUUAUGUUGUGGUUGAUCAGUGUACUCUGGUUAUUUUUUUCUGUCUCUGAAUUUUUAAAUAUUUCUUAAUUUAGGUGAGAUAUUUAGAACAACAGAAUAAGAUGCUGGAGACUAAAUGGGGUUUUCUACAAGAACAAAAAAGUGCUCGGUUUCAGAUAGAACCAUUGUUUGAGGCUUUUAUCAGCAACCUCAGGAGACAGCUGGAGAGCCUGGGUUGUGAGAGAGAACGUCUAGAAGGAGAAAGGAACAGUAUGGAGCAAAAUGUUGAAGAACUAAGGAGAAAGUAUGAUUUAUUUUCUUACACUAUUCUCAUUUUGCUGUGGCUGUAUUAAAUAAUUUUAACUUUAUAUUAAAGCUACCAACUGAUAUAUAUUUAAGAACAGAAUUACAGCUCUUACAAGGAAAAAAAAUGAAAUGCAAUUUUUAUAUGUAUUCAUAUAGGUAUGAAGAAGAAGUGAACAGACGAACAACUGCAGAGAAUGAGUUUGUUGUUCUAAAGAGGGUAAGGGGAAUCUUACAUAAAUGUGAAUGAAUAACAGGCACUGAUAUUAAACUGUGUCCACUUAUAAUAUAAUCAUCUCUCUUUCAGGAUGUAGAUGCAGCUUUUAUGAACAGAGCCGAGUUACAAGCAAAGGCUGAUUCUCUGAAUGAUGAGAUCAACUUCCUGAGGACCCUCUUCGAUGCAGUAAGCAUUUUUUCCCCUUAAUUAUUUUGUUAGAUUCAUUUUUAAAAUGAAUGAAUGCCUCAUUUAUAAUUGAAUUAUUUAAUAAGCUUAUUUAUAUUUUCAUUGUGUUGGUUGUUCUUAAAAGCAGGUAUGAUGAAAAAUACACUUUACAAUUAACCUAUGAAUGUGCUCUGCUCUGCCUUGUCAUCCUACAGGAAAUUUCCCAGCUCCAGGCUCAGAUCUCAGACACCUCAGUGGUUGUGUCUAUGGAUAACAGUCGGGAUCUGGACCUGGAUGGAAUCAUCGCUGAGGUCAGAUCUCAAUAUGAGGACAUUGCUAACAGGAGCAGAGCCGAAGCUGAAGCCAUGUACCAGUCACGGGUAUGUCGAUAAUUUUAAAAUUUCGACCAGGCAAUAAAUAAAUAUUUCAUUAUAAAAAAAAACAACUUUAGUAACAUUUAGUUUAAACAUUUGCUGUUAGUUUGAGGAGCUUCGUACAGCUGCUGGAAGAAAUGGGAAUGAUCUUCAGAGCAGCAAAGAUGAGAUCUGUGAGCUAAACCGAGCAAUUCAGAGACUGAAAGGAGAGAUUGACAGCGUCAAAGCUCAGGUAAAUAUACGCAUGUAAUUAGAGUGUUAACCAUGCACUUAUAGAAUAUCUUGACUGAAGUAAUGCUGAUUGUGUAAUGAUUGUUUAUAUAAGUAUUUUCUGAAAGGAUUUCAGAGACAAUACAGUACAUUACACAGACAUAAUAAAUAGACAACAUAAAUAGUAAGUAGCAAAAACUGGUAAAGCCUAGUUAAGCACAAAAAACACAGUGAAAUUUUAUAAGCUAUGUAUAUAGCAUGUGUAACAAUGUCUAGCAACCAUGACCCUUGUAAGAUGAGCAGUUAAGGUGGUUCAUCAAGGUUUUGGAGUAGUGAAUGCCUCUACUAUACUAAAUCUGUUUAACCCUUUAAGGACCAAACUUCUGGAAUAAAAGGGAAUCAUGAUAUGUUACACAUGUCAUGUGUCCAUAAGGGGCUAAAUGGGUUGUCAGCAUUUUAUAAAUAGAAGCUAUGUAAAUUAAUAAAUAAAUGGAAAAUGAAUAGAAGCUGACAUUAUAGAUUAGUGAAACUAAUCUAUAAGAUAAGAUAAUGUUGCACUUGAGUAUACUUUGGCUCCUAAAGAAGGGUACACCACAAAACAGUGUAAAACUGAAAUGCUUUAUUCCAUUAUUUAAAAGACAAUGGCGAGGUAAAAAAAAAAGAUAUGAUAAGUGCCUUAUGAGUUUUGGGCUUAACCGAUCUUUCAUAAAUUGUCAGAAUUAUUUUAAAAUCUGCACAGUUCAUACUAGCCUCCAUCACAAUCAGAUUAGUUCCUCUCAUUCUCUGGAAAAUGCUUAAAAUGUCCCAGCCACUCAAUAUUUUUAUUUAUUAAAGUUCAAUGGAGACCUUGCAUCUUCAAAGCAUCAUAAAUAUAUCUAAAUCUUACAGGGUUAUUUAAUAAAGUGAGAACUGACAAUUAAUUCAAAAUAACUUUCAGGUUUAUGAGCUGGACAAAAUCUUUAAGUUGGCUAUGAUUUCAGUUGGACUGUUUUGGCUUAAAUUUGAAAUUCACUUUGAAUUCUCAUUUUAGUAACUAACCCUGAAAAUAUCUAAAUAGAUUAAAAGAGGUAUUGACACACUGCAGUUAAUAAAGUAUUAUUUUAUUUCUAAAGCGUGCUGCCCUUGAAGGAGCUAUAACUGAAGCUGAAGAACGUGGAGAAGCUGCUGUUAGAGACGCCAAGAACAAGCUUUCUGAGCUGGAAGGUGCUCUGCAGAAGGCCAAGCAGGACAUGGCUCGCCAACUGCGAGAAUACCAGGAGCUGAUGAAUGUGAAAUUGGCUCUGGAUAUUGAAAUCGCCACCUACAGGAAGAUGCUGGAAGGAGAGGAGGGCAGGUAAAUGUAACACGAUUAGAAAGAGUGUAGAUGUGCACUAACUUAGAGCUAGAAGAGACCCGAGAGCUUCUGUGAAUGUUUGCAGUAUGUUAAAUAUUUAAUAGAUAUAUAAUAUAUUAUAAUAUAAUAGAUAGAUAUUUAAUUAGAUAUAUAUAGAAUGUUCCAAGACUUGUGAAAAAUAAAGAAUCAUAAAAUGUUAAAUCUUUUAUAAAAAAAAAAAAAAAAUAAUAAAAACAUAUUAUUAUAUUUCAGACUGGCUUCUGAUGGACAUGUUAACAUAUGUAAGUAAAUACAAUGAGAUUUUAUAAUGUACUUUAUACAUUGUGUUUAGCUUCUUUCAUUGCAUAUUUAGUGCAGCUGUCCCAUUCCUUCACAUAAUAAAAACUGUAAAAUACAAAAAAGUGGGUUAUCACAGAAAAACACAAUGCAAUGGUAUCUGAGAUAGUAGCACAAUAAUAAUAAUGCAGAAAGAUACCAUGAAGAAAGGAAUUGCUGACGGAAUGUAAAAAAUAAUCUAAUUAGAAACUUUUAAAAGCUCUAGAAAGAAAUGCUCAGCUUUUAAAAGUAAAACUGGAGUUUUACUUUCCUUUAGGGUUAAUCAAUCAUAGACCAAUGUAAUCAAAUGACCCUAUGGGUCACUAUGUCUAUAUACAAUAAAUUCUGGUAAAUUGCAAAAAAAACAACAAUUUAGGCCUGAGAUUGUAUAUUACUUGACUCAGCUCUAUACCCUGUUUUAACAUUUUGGCUUACUUUUUCAAAAUGUGGUCUUCACUUCAUUGUUUAGUGCAUAGAUUUAAAACUAUUAUUUAACAUUUUAUAUUUUAUUUCAGCUGUGCUACACUCCAGCACUGGAGGGAAACAUUCCUCAGGUGGAACAUCUCACGGUGGAAGUAGCCAUCAUAGCAAGGGAGGAUUCAGCUCAAGAAGUCACCAUGUAUCCAAAGGCAAACACAGCUCUAGCCAUGGACACCACUGCUAA